AUGUACCUGAUUGUUUCCAAGGUUCUUGUCGUCUUCGAGGGGGCAGUAGAGUUGGAGGACGAGAAUGUGCAGCCUGUGAUACUUGUGGAAGGUGACACCGAAUUGUCAACUACUGAGGGAGCAGUGGCAAGUGCCUCUGGUGAUAACAAUGUCACUGAUGAAGCCAUCCUCUGUGGUGCUGAUGUGAUUGUCCAUGUGCCUCAGAGCAGUGAGCCAGACACUACUCUUGUUGUGGAAGAAGGUGAAACAUCUCAGGUAUUGGAAACCAUCAGUGUGGUGGUUGACAGCAGUAACUCCCCUAACAGUGGACCUUCAGAAACAUAUAGGAGAGUUUCAUUUGGCUGUCUUAACGCUCUACUGGGUGCUACUGACUGUGCUAAUCACACGUGUUACUUCUCUCUAGAUCUUGUUUGUACAGAUUUUGAGCCUUAUACAGGAGACUGCGUGGAAGUUCUGUUUUCCACAGACCCAGACACACAGAGCAGAAGGGCUGUCUCAGUGAAGCCUCGUGUAUACAAGCAUGUGAGUGAGGUGUGCAUUACUAGUAUACAUGGAAGAAACGGGGUGAUAGAUGAUGCCAUCUUCUUCACCUUGGAUUCUCUGAAACUUCCUGAAGGAUACGUGCCUCAAAUCCAUCAUGUUGUCAAUGCUGUGGUAGUGGAGAGCUUUCAUUCAGGCUAUGUUUGGAGAGCAAUUUCUAUCACUCCAGUGCUACUGAUGUAA